AUGAAAAUGAAUGCCUGGCUCCUCCUCGCUCUUGUGGCCGCCGCCGACAGCGCUCUCGUCGUCGUCGUGGAUGGCAUACCCGCCGACCAGCUGACGAAGCGCGUCGUACAGCACGCGGUGGACGACGUCAUUGCCAUCGUCGAGGCGCCGGAGCAGGUAAUAGACGUCCAGUUCUUUCCCGUGCCGGGCUACCCGUCGUCGGUUCGCAUCGAAUCCACCGUUCGGAUGGGCGACCCCUGGAGAACGUGCGGCGAGGUCGGCUUCCGCAACGCGCAGGACUGCCACGACGGCGUAGAUCUACCGUACGACGCGCCGCCGUCGCUGGUCGCGUCGAUGGAAAAGGCGAUCGAGAACGGCAAGUUCGUCGACCGCCUGCUGUAUUGGGCCCAGGAGUUCGACGCCGGCAGCGUCUGGGAGAACGUGACUGUCGUGCCGCCUCCCGAUUCGCUGAACCCGGUUUUCCCCCCGAACAGCACGUACGUCUUCAACACGAGCUGGCGCUUUGCGACCCCCGCUCCUACCGCGACGGCGGCACCAACAGCUACAUUCGCUCCGACGGCCACGGCUAUGCCGACGGCGACGCCUGCGCCGACGACGCAGCCGACUACCAACGCGCCGACGUACAGCUCGGCGCCGACAUCAACUCCAGCUCCGACUCAGACCCACGCGCCGACGAUCACGCCGGGACCCACUCCGGGACCCACGCUGAAGCCGACGGUCCCGCCGAGAACACCGAAACCGAUACCGGCACCGACGCCGACGCCGACGGUCGAGGUGCGCCCGCGCGGCUCCAAGAAAAAGAAGAAGUCGCGCGGCUUGGCCUCUGGAGAGAUUGCGGGCAUCAUUAUCGCGUGCAUCGCGGGCGGCUGUUGCAUCAUCGCCAUAUGCCUAGCUCUUUGCGCGCACCAAAACCGCGAGGGCAAGCACGACAAGCAGGCCAAACCGUGGGAGCCGUCCACUCCCGCGUCGCACGCGGGGCCCGCGCCGCACUCGCCCGACCUCGCGUCGACGAAGGAGGGCGACGACGUCCCCGAGGCCAUCCGGAAGCUCGAGGCGAACGACAACGCCGUGUGA